GCCGUCUGGUUUGCAGGACCUUCUGGAAUUUAUUAAUUCAAAGGGCCACCGUGCUUGCCAAACGCCUUGACGGCCCCUAAGCAAGCCGUAAACUGCAGGCGGAAGCAGCCUUUCCCUCAGGAGCCUCCCUUGCUUGCAAAAGACGGCCCUCAGGGAGCGCCAGGAGGAGGGCAGAGCCGUUCUCCCUCCCCUCGCCCAUUGCCCGAGCGAGCAGGAAGCGCGUCCCCUGCGCGGAGAGCGUCCUUAAGGGGGAAGAGCGCGGGGCUGCUUUGCCAGAAGUGCUCCCUGAGAGGCUAACUUGCCACGCGCGCGCGCGAGAUGACGCCUUGGAGAGAUUGCAAGGCUUGGCAGGAUGCUGGACUUGUUCUUUCAACCACAAGUAAUGAAGCAUGUAAAAUGUAUGAUGCUGCGCUGACUCAGUAUGUUACUUGGAAAAAUGAUAAAAGUCUAGGAGGCCUUGAAGGAUGUCUCUCAAAGCUGCAAACAGCUGAUCCUAAUUUUGCAAUGGGUCAUGUGAUUGCCAAUGGCUUGGUUUUGAUUGGUACGGGGAGUUCAGUACGGCUAGACAGGAAACUAGAUGAAGCAGUAAAGAAAAUGGUGGCCCUCUCACAAUCUCAGCCGUUGACCGAGCGGGAGAAAUUGCAUGUGUCUGCAGUGGAACUCUUUGCUAAGGGGCAACUUCCUGGAGCUUGUGAUACAUGGGAACAGAUUCUACAGAACCAUCCAACUGACUUAUUAGCCCUAAAAUUUGCUCAUGAUGUUUAUUUUUACUUGGGACAUCUGAUACCAAUGAGAGACUCAGUUGCCCGGGUCUAUCCUCACUGGACUCCAGAUCUUCCUCUUAGCAGCUAUGUAAAAGGCAUUUACUCCUUCGGUUUAAUGGAAACCAAUUUCUUUGAUCGUGCUGAGAAACUUGCCUAUGAGGCUUUAGCCAUCAACCAGACUGAUGCAUGGUCUGUGCACACCAUAGCUCAUGUGAAUGAAAUGAAAGCAGAUCUAAAGAGUGGACUAGCAUUUAUGAAGCAAACAGAAAACAACUGGAAGGACAGUGACAUGCUUGCUUGUCAUAACUACUGGCACUGGGCUUUGUAUUUUAUUGAAAAGGGUGAUUAUGAGGCUGCUUUGACAGUUUAUGACACUCACAUUGCACCCAGAUGCCAAAUGAGCGGGACCAUGCUAGAUGUUGUUGACAAUUGCUCCAUGCUGUAUCGGCUUCAGUUAGAAGGUGUGAAUGUAGGCAACAGAUGGAAAGAAGUAAGCAAACUAUCAAAGAAGCAUUCCAGAGAUCACAUCCUCAUUUUCAAUGAUGCUCACUGUCUAAUGGCUUCACUGGGGGCCCAGGAUCAUCAGACUACUCAUGAACUAUUAACAACCCUUCAGGAGCUGGCCCAAGCACCAGAUGAAGACCAUGAGCUAAACUUGGCUCCAAAACUCGGGUUACCUCUUUUGCAGGCAUUUGUAGAGUUUGAGAACGGCAAUUACGACAAGGCCGUGGAAUUGCUGUAUCCCCUUCGCUACAGAAUUGUUGAAAUAGGAGGAAGCAACGCUCAAAGGGACGUUUUUGCACAGUUAUUAGUUCAUGCUGCUUUAAAAAGUAAAUCUAAAGCCAACCAAAAACUUGCCAGGUGCCUCCUUAUUGAACGUGAUGAACUGAGACCAAAUUCGCCAUUGACAGAGCGACUUAUUCGGAAGACUGCAACCCUUCAUGCCUUGGGAUAGAUUUUGUAGCAUCACUGAUCAACAAUCAGCAGCUUAUUUUUAUGACAAUAAGCAAAUCGCAUUGUGGGAACAUAAUCUUGCAUAAAUCUAAAAUAAAGAUGUGGAGGCUUGGAGAUUUAUCAGUA